CUCACAUGACUUGACUACAAUAAUAAUACUAAUAUUAUAGCUUAUAAUAACAAAAAAAAAAACGUUUUGCAAACUUCCUGAAAUGUAUUUGCUUUUUCCAAUUUCAUGUGCCAAGCACCUCACUUCACAUGACUUUUCCGCAUUCUACGAUCUCCGUCGCUGAAAUCCAUAUUUGUACUAUAAAACUUAAUCUCUCACUUCUUCUUCGCCAUCUCCAUCUCACACCGAUCUCUUUCCGUCUUGCAUGCAGGCUCGCACAAUGACAAACCCUGAGAUAGUGGACAAGGUGAUUAAGAUUGCAAGAGAGCAAUUCGGAGUUCAAGAUGACUUGGAAGUAACGGCUCAGUCCACUUUUGUUGACGAUAUCGGAGCUGAUGAUCUUGCCAUUAGGGAGUUUGUGUUGGCCUUAGAGGAAGCGUUUGGGAUUGAAAUAGAGGAUAAGAAAGUAGAGUCCAUUUCCACAGUUGGGCAAGCAGCUGAAGUCAUUGAGGAGCUACUGAAGUAAAAAGCUUAAAAAUGAAAAACUAAACCCAAUUACCUUAUUUGAGAUUUUUAUGUCGUUUUUAACAAUAAUAUUAUAAGGCUUUGUAUUUGAUUUUCUUUCGUCUAAACCUGUUUAAUUCACCCCUCUGAACUUAUGAAAGUUUUUUUUUUUUUUUUUUUUUUUGAUAAAAAACUUAUGAAAGUUAUAGGGGAAAAUAAAUGGAAAGACCAUCUACUUGGCUUAUUUGCAAUAAAAAAUUUAUAUUUGCAUUUUUCCUCUGAAAAUUUUGUUAAACUUUCAUGGUUACAUUACGAAAUAUACAAGCCAGCGAAAACCAAUGAAAUCCCCGGAAUAUAAGUUCAAAAGAGGGAGACAAAUGCUCGUAAUAUAAGAAUCCGAAUAUUAAAUAGUACGAAGGCUACUAAAUUGGAAGCCAACAACACUAAAACUGGCACUGCUGAACCGACAUAACUCACGGUCCAUCCAUAGAACCUUGUGACACCAAAAUUAAUCAUAACCAAAUGGCAUGAGCACGCACAACCCUGAAAGGAAUAAUUCACGCCAAAACAAAAUCAAUAACAGUAGCGAAAAGCGCAAGAACAUACCUACGUCAACACCUAAAACUACUACCAACUGAAGAUUUCAGAACCAAACUAGCCACCACACCCAGGGGCCCCUUAGAUAGUAGGGCGGAGAGUGAGACCGCCCUAGGACCCGAGGAUCCAAUUUUUUAUAUUUUUUAACAAUUUUAGAAAAAAAUUAAUAAACAAAGAAUAUAUAUAAAUAUAUUUAACAAAAUUUGCUUUUAUCUAUUUUUAAAACUAAACUUAUAUUGCAAUUUUUUCACAAAAUAAUAAAACCGAUCAAAUAAUUUCAUUAUUUUUUAACAAUUUUAAAAGAAAAAUUGCCUAAAAGGAUGUAUUACUUUCUUUUCCCGAGGGGAAAUAAAAGUUUUUGAGCCGCCCUGAUCACACCCAAGGUAAACAGCACGAGAUGUUAGAGAUGGAUUUACGUCUCUAGAACAGAGCCAAUCAAGUAAACGAAAUUCGGCCCAAUUGACAAAGAAGUGAUUAAAAGAGCUCGCCGACUUUAGAAAAAAAAAAUGAAAUAAAGCGGCUAUAAAAAGAGAAUACGUAUCUCAAAAAGAGGAUAUUCACAAUCACAUAAAAGCCCUGUUCUAAAAAUCGGCCGCCUAUCCGCCUAGUCGUCUGGACGCUACGCGUCAUUCUUACACCCCGAUUUAUGCCAAAUCGGUAAAAAAAAAUCGGAUAUCCGAUUUUCUCCGCCUAGACCGCCUAGAUGACCGCCUAGCCGCUUAGGCGGCCGCCUAACCGCCUAGACGGCCGCCUAAUCUAUUUUUCUUAUUAUU